AUGUUUGUGUGGGAGGUCAAGUGCAAGUGCUGCUUCGGGACGGGCUUCUCCCGCAGCCAAACGCACGCCAGCACGUCCCGGCACCGCCGAGGGCGCGGGGGCGCACGGCGAGCCGCCCUCAUCACCUGCACCUCCUGUGCUGGACUUGGGUACGUGCGCCACGCCUCCGCCACUCCGGACGACACGCUGGAGGAGGCGUUUGUGACGCUGGGGCGGGACAGGCCCGGGCCGGAGGACAAGGCCCGGCCCUGGCGGCCGCCCUCGCUGGCCAAAGCCAUCUCCGCCGUCAACGUUGUCGCCAAGCUCUACAACUCGCUGAAGCAGCCCACGCCUCCAAUGUGA